GAAUUGCAUUGGAGCGUGAGGUUGAGGGUGAUCUUAUGCUUGCUGACAUGGGUCAGGAUGAAGGAUUUCGUCCUGGAGUUAUUGAUGGAGCUAUCAAUAUCUCAGCUGUUCAGUGGUUAUGCAAUGCUGACAAGACCUCCCAUGAUCCUCGAUUAAGAUUAAAGGCUUUCUUUGGAUCAUUAUAUAGAUGUUUGACAAGGGGAGCUCGAGCAGUACUUCAAGUAUACCCUGAAAAGCUUGCCCAGCGUGAGUUGAUCCUAGGAUUUGCCAUGCGUUCUGGAUUUGCUGGUGGUGUAUUUGUUCACAACCCACACAGUACUAAGAAAAGAAAAGAAUACCUUGUGCUAAAUUGUGGUCCACCAUCUUUGAGUGCUGCCACUCCACAAGGGAAAAGAGAACAAGAAGAAAGUUGCUCAGAUGAUGAGGGUAGUGGAGACAAAGAAAAUCAGACAGUGUGCAUUUCAGGCAGGCAGAGGCCUAGGAAAAAGCAAAAGAUAACCAAGUGGGUAAUGAAGAAGAAGGAACAAAUGAGGAGAAGGGAAAUCGAUUUGGGCACAAGUGGUUUCUACCUUGGGUUGAGCGACUUAUGUAUGGUCAACAUCCAGCUUCAACUUAGUUCAACCACAAAAAUUAAGGCAGGGAAUGUUGUAACCGGCCUUGUUGACCUUGGGGUGUUACUUGAUGACUAUCUGAACUCUAGUAAUUUUAUCUGUUCUAUUUAUUUCUAUGGCAUGGAAUUGCUGGCAUCUCAGUCCCUUAUCUCAUCUGAAUAG